AUGGCAACCUUGAAGGACCCUCCCCCCCUCCAACCCGUGCGGUGUUGGGAGGACAUCCAAGAGUCGGACGAAAAGCGAAAUGCGACGACCUUCGACAGGCGUUGGAGAACGACCAGCGAAGGGACUGAUGAGGAGCGGAAGGAGUACCGGCAGAGCAAGGCCGCAGAGGUGCGCCAUGCGGAAGGCCUCAUGCGUGCAGCCUGGGAGCGCGCUCAGACCACCGGCAGCUCCGCAUCUGCAGAGUGA